AACUAACAGGUGGAAAAGCUGGUAUAUACUUUCGUCGCAACCCUGCCCGCGAUCAGUUUGGGACGACAGGGCUGGUCGCGCCGAGGAUGUUGCAGUAAUGUCUGGGCGUCCGCUUCACGCCGUGUCGCAAUCCAAAGCCGUCGUACAAGUACGCAUCAGUCUUUCGCAUACUUCACAUGUAGCCGAAAGCUCUUCAUAAACUCCCAGUGGCGAAGGUGAUUGCGCCAAUGGGUGGAGACUGAUCGCUGUAAGUUUGGUAACUUCCAGAGUCUGCGUAGCCAGGGAAAGAUGGCCCUUUACAGGAUGGUGAAAGCGGGCUAAUAUACUUGGGAUGAAGGGUUUGCACGUUAAGGGAAGCAUCCAUCAGGCCGGCUUCACCUAAUGGGACAGACGGCGCCGAGGCAGCAGCGCGCUCGUGCUUACUGCAACAGUUAGGCGCCACGCGUAUUACGCGGCGUGCUUGAUUCAGCUUAUACAAAUGAGCAAUAAUAUUGUGGCUGCGGUAGCUGCGGCCUGGCCUGGUGAUAACGCUUUGGCGCGCUUCAGACGUCGUGUCGCAAUGGAGCUGGCGAGCUUCGAUUCUGGCCCGGUUGGGCCGCACAGCGUUUUGGCGGCCCGCCUCUCAAGUCACCUCCGCGAGCGCUGCCCCACACUCGUGACGGAGGCUGCCGGCCUCUGCACACCCCGCGACGGCUCCCUGCGCAUUAAGCAACUCAUCUCGCUGGCUCCUGACGUGCCCAGCAAUGGAGUAUCCGCCGGGGAAGACGUACCAGGCGGCGCCUUUUUGUACUGCGUGUCGUACAAGUACGACGCUUGCGUCUUUCUUGACGUACAAGCGCUGCUGAAGUGGCACGCGGGUGGCAAACUUCCUGCGACCUCGAACGGCGGCAAUGGCGGAGGUGCCGGUACCUUCAAAGCUGAAUUCGGCAGCGGCAGUGUACGGACGGGUUUCAGCUCCAAGCAAGGCGGUAUCCAUAUCAACUUGUCCGGCCUGGUUCCAAGGUACGGCAAGCCUGGUGCGGAUUCAGCCUCGCCGUACAGUCGUCCCAGCGGUAUGCAAUCCGAGGACGACGAAGACGGUGAUUUCGAAGACGAUGAGGGUGCAGAUGUGAUGACGUCAGGUGCUGACGGGGAGGCGGUUGAGGGGGAAGACGAGGGCGCUGUUCACCACAGGCCGCCACCGCUCCAACAUGUGGCUUACAUGGCUUUUCCUGGGCCGUCGGCAGCAAGCCAGUUGCGACGUAACCUAGCUGUGUUGCUGGCGACGGCGGCGCCGGACGGUGGUGGUGGUUUGCCGCCGUACGCCAUUCCUUGGCGACAGAUUGCGCUCAUGGUCGCUGAUUCCAAAGCCGCCGCCCUCCAACCCGUCCUGCGCACCCCCGCCGCCUUCAAGUCCUUCAUCCUGCACCCCGCCAGCGCGGGUGCCUUCGCCGCUAAACGCUUCUUCCGCAACCCGGCUGAUCCCAACAGCAGCGUCGACUGCGUGGAACUAGACCCCGCAGCGCUACGCAGGGCCGCAGCCGAGGGCAUCAACAAGGUCAUUUUCACCGCCUGGCGGGGCCCGGAGUCGCUGCUGCGUCUCAAACGUACGGCAGUGAAGAUAUUGUUGGAGCGGCCGAGGACGCCGGAUGGGCCUUAUGCCAUGAAUGCGGGUCCGCUAGGGAACGAGCUGCGUGCGCGGAAUGCGCCGGCGUAUACGGCGGUGAUGUCACGCGGUGGCGGGGGGCUGAUGGCGCAACUGGAUGAGAGCGGGCGAGGCAGGGAGGCGCUGCUGGUGUAUGUGAGGAAGGGAGGAAAGGAAGGCACUAUGCAGCUCAAGCUGCGUAAGCUGUGCUGCUUGUUUCCCCCAGACACGGGACUAGACCUAGGACUGGGGCUGGGCGGCGCGGGAGCACUGCCUCCCCCCGCCGCACCGCUGCCUAGCAACAGCGGCGGAACGGCAUCCGCUGCUUCUGCCACCCAGCUUCCAUCUUCCCAGACGUCACUGCUGCAUGCAGCCCCCAGCGGUGCAACUGCACCCUCACAAGCUGGUAUGGCGACCGAGGGCUCGUCUUCAAGCGGAGGAGGAGCCUACGGAGCAGCAGCAGCGAAUUCAAUACCUUCUGACCCAUGGGUCACCAAUGACGCGGCUCCGACAGAAGGGCCGGCUUUUAACUGGAACGACGUGUCCUCCGCAACGGCAGUUGUGCUGGAGGCUGAACCACGGGGGCUUACUGCUUUCCCGCCAGGCAUACCAGGAAGCGUGUCUGCCGGUGUUGCUGCGUCCAGCCUAGGCGUCGCUGCGAACGUUGUUGGAGCAACAGCAGCAACACCAGCAAGCAUUGCGAACGCUGUUGAGGCUGCAGUGCUGCCCGCGCCCGCCGUACAAUGGAUCCAAAGCUCCUUUGAGUUUGAAACCAUGAUACAGCACUGCUACGGCGCCACGCAGAUUGGUUUAGCCAUACAUGCUACAGGCCGACGAGCCGUCGUGGCUGCGAUCUACGCGCCUGCUGCUACUGCCACCAUUGAUGUUCGUGCUGCUACCGGCCAGCCGAGCAGCGGCGGCGCCCAGUUGCUAACGUGGGUCGCCACGGUUUACUUGUUCGACUGUGGAUUGGUAACAGCGGCGCAAGAGGGAGGCAGCGACGGUGCUGUAGUCGGGGCGGGGGGUGCACUGCCAGGUGCCGCUGCGGCGCUGUGCGGCCUGCUGGAGAGCGCGUAUGUUGCGAAGUUUGUGCAUGGAUGUGAACAGGUUAUGAGCCUGGCAGCCCUCUGCGGUGCUGCCUCCAUCUCACCCCUGCUCGACACUCGAGUCCUGCUUCGCGCCCUCUCAGCCCUGCUGCCGCCGCUGCCGGCACUGCCGCCGCCGCCACCGCCGUACGCCGCGAUCGGGCCGCUGGCGGCGGCGGCGGUUGCGGGACUGAACGCCCACGUGGCUGCGCUACGUGAGGUGCUGACGGCGACCGGCCUCUGGGCGGACCGACCGGAACUGCUGGCGGCGUUAACGGGGCGACAUUCUGUGGCGUUGAGGGAGGACUUGUUUGGCACUCGGGAUUGGGCCAGCAACGCCUCCCUCCACGAGUGCAACCUGGUGGCCGCUGUACGGCACCUGCCAGAGCUGUGGGAGGCCAUGACGACGGAGGCCGUCCCUUGGGUCGCCAUGGCGGCGGCGGCGACUGCCUCCGCGGCGGCCCUGGCUUCCCGGCAAGGUGCUGGCGCGGCGAGCCAUGCUCAUGUUGGCCCGGUCGCAAGUUAAGCAGCUGCUGAUUGGUAUGUAGGGUUAGUGCGUCCUGGUGGGGACAGCCCUGGCAAGAGCGCAUCUGCGAUAUGAGGCAGCACGAGCCUUUCAAACUGCAUGUAAGGAAAGGCUGUGUCGUAACGCCCCGCGGCGUAUCGGGUCGAAGGCGCCGGGCCGUGCGUUGGUGGUGUGUCCUUCGAUGUUUAAAUGGGUUGACCCGUUACCGGAUGCGAAUGGAGCUCAUGUUUUUGGUUUUGGUUUGUUAUGUGCGCGUGGUGAUCAGGUGGCAGAGCAGCAGCAGCAGCUGACAUCAUGUGCGAACAGGGCAAUGUGGACAAUGUUCCGCAACCGCACAUGCGAGCGCCCGUAUUCUUGUCAGCAUGCGGAGAUGUGAAGCUGUUUGCUGGCGCAGCUGUGCGGGCAUGAACAUUAGGAGGGAGUUGAUCUUCUGCCGGCAUUGCCGUUUGUUUCCAGCUGGGCAAUGGCGGCAGGGUAGCGAGAGCCAUUUGCUGCGCUCUAAGGCAGGCUGCAGACUAGAGUUAUUCAAAGGAAAUUGGCAGCGCUGAUGUGUUGCGUUAAGUUCCUUGCGUAUGUCAUCGCAGGGGUUAGGAUGCUGAUUGCCUUCAUGAUGGGUACGCUUCACCCGCCGCGCGUGUGUGUAUGGGUUUGCCCUCCAUCCUCCCUCGCGAGUCCAGGAGAGGGUUCAGGAUGUGUUUUGUUGUUUCGUACUUCUCCCUUUACUCCUUUCAGGCAGAAAUAUCGGGGAUGAGGUACGUUGCGUCCUUGCGCUUGCAGGUCUGCCCGGCAGGUGUGUUGUGAUGCUAGGGAUGCCGCUAUACAUUUUGGGGCACGCAAGCGUUCGUGCCGGUCGCGUUGUGGUCGUUGGCCGCCAUUAGUUGCUUUCUGCUCGCGACGUGUGGUGCGUUAUACAGCUCGCCAAUAGGAUGCCCAGCGUGUCUGCAAUGGGAACCCGGCUGUAGAUCGCAAAAAGGCGUAUAGCGCUUUGCGCCAUCCGUACCGCAGGAAACUGGAUGUACGACUGUUUACCCUCACGCACAUACAGCAACUACCGUAUUCCCUUCAGUAGCGGUACGGCUGCAUGCAAACAGCUCUCGGUCCCCAGAGCUGCCAAUGCCGCUUACAUUCGCGCCUCCCUCACCAUGCUACCUGCUGUAACGUGCUUUAACA